UACUCUACCCUCUAAAAAUCUCAAGCAUAUUACACCACUUGACACUUGAGAGAGAGAGAGAGCAACCCCAAAGCAGAGGGAUAGAGAGAGAGAGACUGGGAGAAAUAAAUAAAAGAGAACAGUAACAAGCAAGAAAGAGGUGUGUGUGAUGUGUUAGAGAGAGAGAGAGAGAGAGAAGUGAAGUCAUCUAAAAGAGGAGAGGAGAAGGGAGAAGUGGUCACAGACAGAAGAGAAGAUCAAAAGAGAGAUCGGGAGAUGCAGCACAAGGUUGGAGGAGGCCAAGAGAAGCAGCAGGAGCAGAGCCAAGAAAGCAACAGCAACUGCUUCCACUACUCCUCCCCCUGAGCGACCCUCUCUCUCUAUCUCUCUCCCGUUUCGUCGUCUCUCCGGCCGGCCGGCCAUCUGAUUCGGCGGCGAGCGGUUGCUCUUGCUCCGCGCCACCAAUCGUCAGAGGGAGGAGGCCAUGGAGGAAACGCUCAAGUCGCUGUCCAUGGACUACCUCAACCUGCUCAUCAACGGGCAGGCCUUCAGCGACGUCACGUUCAGCGUGGAGGGCCGCCUCGUGCACGCCCACCGCUGCAUCCUCGCCGCGCGCAGCCUCUUCUUCCGCAAGUUCUUCUGCGGCGCCGCCGCCGCCGACCAGGCCGCCGCGCCGGGCGCGCUCCUCCUGGAUCACCUCAGCCCGCGCUCCCCUUCCGGCGCCUCGGCCUCCUCCCCGCGCGGCGCCGGGGGCUCCGCCGCCGCCGCCGCCGCGGCUACGCCCGGCGCCGUGAUACCUGUCAGCUCCGUCAGCUACGAGGUGUUCCUGCUGCUUCUGCAGUUCCUGUACAGCGGGCAGGUGUCGCUGGUGCCGCAGAAGGGUGAGCCCCGGCCGGGCUGCGGCGAGCGCGGCUGCUGGCACACCCACUGCGCCGCCGCCGUCGACCUCGCCCUCGACACCCUCGCCGCCGCCCGCUCCUUCGGCGUCGAGGAGCUCGCUCUCCUCACCCAGAAGCAGCUGGCUGGCAUGGUGGAGAAGGCGUCCAUCGAGGACGUGAUGAAGGUGCUCAUGGCGUCGCGGAAGCAGGACCUGCACCAGCUGUGGACGACGUGCUCGCACCUCGUCGCCAAGUCGGGCCUCCCGCCGGAGGUGCUCGCCAAGCAUCUGCCCAUCGACGUCGUCGCGAAGAUCGACGAGCUCCGCCUCAAAUCCAUGUCGCGCCGCUCGCCGUUCCUCUCCCACCACCACCCGCACCACCCGGCCGGCAUUGAGGCGCCGACGGCCGAGCUCGACGACCACCACAAGAUCCGCCGCAUGCGGCGCGCGCUCGACUCGUCGGACGUGGAGCUCGUCAAGCUGAUGGUGAUGGGCGAGGGGCUCAACCUCGACGAGGCCCUCGCGCUGCACUACGCCGUGGAGAACUGCAGCCGGGAGGUGGUCAAGGCGUUGCUGGAGCUUGGCGCCGCCGACGUGAACCACCCGGCGGGGCCGGCCGGGAAGACGCCCCUGCACGUCGCGGCGGAGAUGGUGUGCCCGGACAUGGUGGCCGUGCUCCUCGACCACCACGCCGAUCCCAACGUGCGCACCGUCGACGGCGUGACGCCGCUCGACAUCCUCCGCACGCUCACCUCCGACUUCCUUUUCAAGGGCGCCGUGCCGGGGCUGGCGCACAUCGAGCCCAACAAGCUCCGCCUCUGCCUGGAGCUGGUCCAGUCGGCAGCCAUGGUGAUGUCCCGGGAGGACGCCCAGACCGCCGUCAACGCGGCGCCCAUCUACGGCGAGUCUCCCGCCGGCGGCGGCGGCGUGUACAAUGCCAGCGGCACGAACUCGAGCAUGGUGAACCUGAGCUUGGACAACAGGAUGGUGUACCUCAACCUGGGGAUGGACGCGCAGUUCGGGAAGAUGAACGACGGCAGCGACGGCGACGAUGGCGGGAGCAGAGGGCACGGAGGCCCCUCCUCGUUGUUCUCCCCACAUGGCUUCCCAUGACAAGCAAGGGGUGGCAGCUGCUCUACUAUCUCCUUGUAAGCUUAGAACUAAUUAAUUACAUGUUAUUUAUAUCCACAUUACAGGAGAUGAGAAUGAUCCUUUUGGGCUAUUUAAUUUAUUAAUCUCUCAGCUGAUCGAGUAGGUGAAAUUAAUUAAGAUCAUGAAUAUGCUGGCUAUGGCUUCUGCUGCUGCAUGCAUCACAAGAGCUUCUUGCAUUGGUGAUCGAGUUGUUGAUCGUCUCUCUAUUAAUGUUUCUCUUUUUUUGAUUUGUUCUGUGUAAUUGAUGAUUGGGGUGGAUUUUGGAUCCAAACCUAAAAGAGGUGAUUGAUUUGGAGAUUUUUAUUUUUAUUUUUUUGU